AUGGCAUCGCAAGGUACAGGUUACGAUCUUUCAGCUUCGACUUAUUCUCCUGACGGAAGAAUCUUCCAGAUUGAAUACGCACAAAAGGCAACAGAGAAUGCUGGAACAGUUAUUGGACUGAAAUGCAAAGAUGGAAUCUUGUUGGCCGUUGAGAAACUAGUGCAGACGAAGCUAUUGGUUCCCGGAUCGAAUAAGAGAAUCUUUACAGUAGAUUAUCAUGCUGGUAUCGCAAGUGCAGGAUUAAUUGCAGACGGCAAACAUUUGGCUGGUAGAGCAAGAGAUGAAGCUAUUAACUUCCGCGAUACAUACAGAUACCCUUCUCCCAUCAAAGCACUCACCGAACGCUUGGCUCUAUACGUACAAGCCUACACUCUAUAUUCUUCCGUUCGACCAUUCGGUAUCAGCAGCGUUUUGGGCGGUGUAGAUGAAGAUGGACCACAAUUGUAUAUGAUCGAGCCAAGUGGUGUAUACUGGGGAUACAAUGGCUGUGCGAUCGGAAAAGGACGUCAACUUGCCAAGACUGAGAUUGAAAAGUUGGAUUUAGGAAAAGAUGGUUUGACGGUAAAAGAAGCAGUUCAACAUGCUGCAAAUAUUAUUUAUAAAUGUCACGAUGAUGCAAAAGAUAAAGACUUCGAGCUGGAACUUUCAUGGAUUUGUCCUGAAUCAAAAAAUAGACAUCAAUACGUUCCAGCAGACAUUGUUGCCGAAGCAGGAAGGAAAGCGAAAGAAGCUUUGGACGAUGAGAUGGAAGAUUGAUUUGUUGUAAAAAGCAAAAUUAUAGCAUUAUGUACAUUCU